AUGUCUCAAAGGCCACUGGGCCCCAAAUACUCGGCGGUGAACACAGAUGAGGCCGCUGUUUUCGAAGAAGCUGUUGAAGCAACAUACGGCGCAAUGCAUAAUGAAUCAGACCCUCUAGCUUCUCUGGCCCUUGAGGAAGACUCAGCUUGGCUCAAGGAGCAACGUUUGUCACACCAAUCGCUCCACUGGCUCAAACGGCCAACGGUGAUCAUGAUCGGCAUUUGUCUUUUCUUGGUGGCGUUUGCUGCGUCCAGUGCCGAAUCAACUCGCCAAUUGAUCACUUUCAAGUUGGCGUGCAACAGUGUGGCGGCGGAAAUGGGCACUGGGGAUGUCUGCGACCCGGCGCAAACACAGAUCCUUGUGCUGAGUCUUCAGCAAGCGUACAUUAUUGCUGUCGGAUGCACGACUAUAUUUUCUCUGGGCAAGUUGGGUCCACUCUCUGACCAGUAUGGAAGACGCUUGUUCAUUGGGCUCAUUGUGUUGUUUCAGGCGGUGGGGAAACUAGUCAAGUACUUUGUGAUAACCUCCGGUCCGGAGCUCCGCUUCCUGCUUAUGGUUUUGACUGAGAUUUUGGCCAGUUUGUGCGGCGGCGUGAUGACGUUGGUGAUGCUUGCCAACUGCUACGUUUCUGACAUUUCUGAGCCGCACCAGAGAACUUAUUUCCUAGGUAUCAUCAUGGCGCUGUUGUUUGUGGGAUUGUCGUUGGGUCCUGCAGUGGGAAAUGUGCUCAUCUCCCUUACAAACCGCAUGGGUGUGUUUGCACGCGACAUUUCCAAGGUUUCGACCUCGGCCAUGACAGCAGUCUCAGGCAAAAUUCCACGAGAAGAGCUUGUGCCUCUCAAAGUGGAGAUCGGCUUGCUUUUCCUAGUGCUUCUCUUCAUCUGUACGGUGCUUCCCGAAUCACGCACGCAAUCUGCAAGGCGCAUGUCGCGUUCGCUCUCUCGCCUGCUGCUGCAAGCGUCUUUGACGCGGCCUGAUGCACCCGAAGCGCCAUCUGCACGGCCUGGACUUCUUUCUAUGGUCAAUUUCCUUCGUCCGCUUCGCCUCCUCGCAUAUCCUAAAGACCAGGUGGCGCCGCUGCGCUAUGCCUCCAUCCGCACUACACGUGUUGCGGUCAUUCUCUUGGUGCUUUUCGAUUGCUUAUUUAUCAGUAUCAUGACUCCCAUGGGCGAGGUUUUCGUCAUGUAUGGAGUUUACCGCUUUGAUUGGACAGCGCAAGAUAUCGGACUGAUGUUGGUGGUUACAUGCCUGUUCCGUGCCAUCACGUUGCUUGUUCUCUCGCCUAUCCUCAGCCACAAGCUUUUCCUGGGCUAUUUUGGCCUCAGGACACUUAAAAAGAGAUAUGACCAUGUUGAAUGGGCCGUAGUGACUACUGGCCUUUUAGCAGAUUCCAUGGGCAUGCUCUUGCUUGGCUUAUCGCCCUCCCUGAGAAUGUUUAUCAGCGUCAUGGCAAUUAGCUCCAUUGGUCUGAUUGCCACGCCUGCCGUCAACUCGGCAUUGGUUAAGUUUUAUCCAGAACAAAAAGUCGGUGAACUUUUCAGCGCCAUGGCGUUGCUCAAGAACACUCUUCAAAUCGUUGUGCCCUACUUGGUUUUGGGCAUAUACAAGAAGACAGUCACGCACGGAAUCCCGCAAUUAUUGUUUUUCAUUGUGGCAAUUAUAGUUUUCAUCGGCUUGUUGGUUUUGACAUGGGUGAUUUACAUCUUGGACAAGGAGGAUGCGCGUGUUGCUCGUGUGGCUGAGGCAGAAGCACAAAUGGAAGAGGAGUUGCGGCGCCAGGUGCACCAUCGCAACUCUAGCUUUUCUGCUGGAGCGUAG